AUGUGUUUGCUGCUGGCCCUGUUUGUUUGUUUUCUAUUAUUUUUUUUUUUCCUGGCAGUGGAUGCGUCUGGGGUAGAGAAGAAGGAGGAGAUCAGCACUGUGGCUCGCAGUGACAGUGGCCCCCAGGCCAGGCUCUGGGCUGCUGGGACUCUUCAAGUGGGGGUUUGUGGGCAUUGGAGUUGGACUUUGGAUGUUCCUGGGAGAGACCUCUAUGUGGGCACCCAGAGCCAGGUGGUGGCUGGCCCAAGCACAGAGAUGGUUUGCAUCCAGCUCUUUGUCCUUGUCUUUCUCUACCCCGACAGGAAAGAAUUAAAAGUCCUUGAGGCCUGGGCUCCUUGCCUGUGUGGCCAGGAUGUCGUGCUGGGCUGGGGAGUCUGUAAGGGUACAAAGAGCAGCCACUUUCAGCUCAGCACUGGGGGCCAAAGGGGAAGUCCACGCGAGCCCGCCUGCUCUCAAGCCCUGAUGAUGAGUCUGGCCUUCUCUCUCCUGUCCCACAGCCCUUGGAAGCCAACCUAA